AACAUGAUAUGAUUCAUAACGAUGUUGCUGGUCGUGCGACAAUGCAGGUAGAUUCAGCGUCAGAAGAGUAAGUGCGUGUCGUGCCCUUGGAGCAAUGACACAUCCGACAACAAAGUGCUAGUGUGUUCAGAUAGUGGAUUUUGUACAUAACCGACAAUAUAGCAUUAGAGCCCAGAUAGUGGAUCUCGUUUACAAGUGUGGAACGCACAUAUAAUCCGGAGUGAAGAACGGGAAAUAAAGUUACACACAAACGUAGAAUUUCCUUUACUUUUGGCGUGGACUGAUCACCCCAGCCGAAAUCAUCUCUGUUAGGCUUGGUCCAUGUUUUACUUUGGGGUUUUUCUGAGAGGAAAAUGGAGGCGAAGGCUGACCAUGUACUCCUUACAUUUGUGGCUGGAGGUUAGUUGUGCGUGGCAUUAUUUCUGUCGCUGUUUUGAUUUAGUAUCAUGGAUCACAAUAGAUUCUUUGCGUUGUGUAGCUACAAUGUAAGCUGUUCCACAACUUAAAUGAAUUAUCAGUCGAGCCUGUGUUGAGUAAUUUUAAAUCUGUUGGUCAACGUACUUUAACUUGAUUUUCAACGGAAGAGGCGUUCCCUUUUGUCUCAGCAAAUCCAAUAUUCAAUGAAAACAGUAUUCAAAUCCAAUAUUUAAUCAAAACAAAUAUUCGAAAAGCAGCCGAGAAAGGCGGUACAGUCGUUGUUUGGCGGGCGGACCUCUACCAAAAAGAGGUUUUACGGCAACUUUCUGACGCUCUUAUAAUGCCAAAGUUGACAAAGAUCUCACUUUCAUCAACCAAAGAGCGUCAAAAACACGACUAACGAUCUUAUAGCUAGACAAGAAUUGCCGGCCACUGCAAAAAUUCUCACCAUCACAACUCCUAGAACUCCCUGUAUUUACUUUUUACCUGAAAUUCACUAACCUAACAACCUAGGUCGACCCAUAUUCUCUGCCUGUAGUUGUCCCACCGAGCUUAUUUCCAGCUAUUUAGACAAAAUUAUGGCACCUAACGUCAAAACCUUACCAUCAUACAUUAAGGACAGCCAACACGCACUUGAAAUUUUUCGCAACCUUUCUGGCCAAAACAAACUUCUUUUCACUGUGGUAUUACAUCUCUUCAUACUGUCAUUCCCAAUGACGAAGGUCUCGGGGCCCUUAAACUUUUUUUUGAUCAACGCUCUGUUUAGGAACCUGGCUCUGAAAUAUUACUCCGUCCAGCCGAACUAGUCCUAAUCAUCAAUUGCUCUUCAUUUGGUGGCAACUACUUUAAACAAACUAAUGGCGUAGCCAUGGGGACCAAAAUGGGAUCCAGUUACGCCAAUCUAUUUGUAGGUUUUAUCGAACACCAAUUUUUUAGUGAAUACUUUCAUUCACAAUCUAGAGAAAAUGCCGGAACCUCAGAGGUCCAUCAAGAUCACUGUUCAUUUCAGAUGCUCCUCAGCCAGUGUCAUUUACUGUAUAACUUGUGUUUAUUGCAAAAAGUUUUACAUUGGUGAAACAGGAAGACAACUUAGUGACCGAUUCCGAGAACACCUUUGUGACAUAGAAAGAAAUGACAAGGAUGCAUCCAAACUAUUCACAAGACACUUCAAUCUCCCUAACCAUUCUUAGCAGGAUAUGGCAGUUUGGGGCCUUUCCCUACAUCUAGGCAGUUCCGGAAGCUGCAAAACUCAGAGCAAAAGUUUUUCUUUCAAAUUGGCACACUUAAUCCCCACAGUAUCAACAAGUGCUUUUCAUUCAUCUAAUUUAUUAUUGUUUUCCUGUCACCAUAUUCCCACCAAUAGCUUAGCUCCUUUUUCCACAUAUAAACACACACACAACCCAUAAUGUCUCCAGUCACUCUGAUGAAGGGCUGACACUUGAAAUGUCAACUUUUAAACUCUGGUGGCCAAUUUAUGUUAUCAACUCAGGUGAUAAUUACUAAAUUACCUGCACACUCGAAAGCCGGAACUUAGUUUUUUAUGAAUUAACCAUUGGCCUGUCCAAGGUCAGUUGUUCUGUUGGUGGCUUGCACUGUUGAAUACCAAACUAACUCCUGUCGUGGAACAGGCUCUAUAGAGCUGAAUGAGUGAGCUCGUUUAAGGACAAACAGCGUUGUGGAAGCUGAGUGGUCUUUCAAGAAUUUAUUUUUUAUUCAAUGCGUAUAACUCUACAAAUUAUUGAUUUUUUGAAAAAUGUCAUUGCAGUUGUACCAAAACUUUUCCAAGUGAACACUAAUUAUAUGUAGGUCACUGGAAAAAUAAAGAAAUUAAAGUAGUGGUCUAGCUUGAGCUCCCUGUUGAUUUUUAUGGGCCCAGGUUAAUUAGUAUCAUCAACUAAUUGCACACAUGCCAUUAACCAUAAACAAUUAAUACAUAAUAAGGUUAAUUAUUCAUAAGUUUUAUUGGUUCUCACUUAUAUCUAUUUGAGGACAGACUCAUAGAUUAUGUCAUCAUAAAUAGAUUCCAUGCUGUUAGGAAUUUGUUCUAUAAUAGAGUACACAGAUGAUGUAAAAUUGUGGUGAAAACUAAAAAGUUGGCACAAGAGGUGCAGCAAAGUGUGUUAUUGAUGUUCUUACCACAUUUUGAUGUCUUGAACUGAGCAGACCCAUGGCAACAUAGAAUCUAUGUGUCUUACAUAAUAAACAAACAAUAUGUUCUUAAUGGUGACAUCAUCUAAGUGUCUGUCCUCCAACAGAUCCUUGGUGAAAACCAGUCAAAGUGUGUGACUGUAUAAUUCAGGUUUAUUUGUGAACCAGAUAUGAGUAUUCUGGGAGUCUCCAGAUACCUAAUGAAAUUCUCCUGGCCUCCUUUGCCAUUUGCUAACUGAUGACAACAUUAUUUUGGAUAUGUCUCUGUGGUAGAAGGGAAAUCCAUCACAAUUUAUCCUCAUAAAUAAAGUGGAGGUUUCUGUUUAUGGUGGAUUUUUGUGUGUGUCCAUUUUAGUCACUUUAUUGUGUAGGAAGAUGCUGAGAAAGAUAUGUUGCCAACCAAAAUGCUAUGUGGGGGAAAAGGCAAGAGGUUUUUAAUCCCUUGCCAGAGAUGGGGAGAUUUUAUCUGUAUGUGGGAGAACAGCAGAUAGAUUUAUGGAUAGGUGGCCUACAUAUAAAUUAUGCUAAUCAUUGCUACAAAAGCAAUGAUUUGUGAGGAAUCAGUCAGAACUCAAGAGAAAUACAUUUAGAUAUGUCUUGUUAACUUCUUGUGGUGUUUAUGUAUAGGAUUGUCAACAUGUUGUGCAAAGACAUCUACAGCUCCAUUGGAAAGACUGAAAAUUCUCUUCCAGGCUCAGAAUCAACACUACAAGAACAUGGGUAAGUUAGCUUUCUAACAAAUGUAUGAAGAGAAAUCUUUUUUAAAAUCUGCAGAACUUUUUAGAUCUUCAUGUAGUCAUAAUAUUAGUUACAAGAUAAUUAUGGAAAUAGAUGGGAUGUGAGGUGAAGUUAGUGCAGUGAUUGUGUGUGGAGUUCUCCAAUGUGUUUUUACUUUUAAUGAAACCAAAAUGGUUUAUAUAUUCCUAUGAGCAGUAAAUUGUACUGAAAGAUAAUUCAUGUUCACCUUUUUUUUUCAGGUGUAUUUAGGGCUCUAAAAACCAUUUACCAUAAAGAAGGACCUUUGGGUUAUUACAGAGGUAUGCUAUUAUUUUAUAAAGAAUUGCUUUGCUUGUAAGUUACAACAUAAGAGUUCUAUGUCCUUGGGUACUCUUAAUCUGGUUGUAAAGUUUAAUUGGAUGAAGACUAGGCCUGUAAAUCUCCCUAGGAUCCCUGGGUAUUUGUAAAAAAAUUGAAAAUGAAAACGUAGACCCACCUUACAUUUGUUUGCUUCUUUAACUUUCCUUUCUCCCUCAGAGUUAAAAAUUUAGAUUCAUGUACAAACUAACCAAUGCAAUCAACUCCAUGAAGUUACAUAUUCAAAUUUAUUACAUACUUGACUCAGUCACAGGGUACCAGUGUUUAUUUUUGUUAGUAGGAAUUAAAUUGCCUCAGGAGAGGUAAAGAAAUUCAAUGCUGUUAAUAUUCACAAUUUAGAAUCUUUUUCCAACCAGGGAAUGGUGCUCUUAUGUUGCGGGUUUUUCCAUAUGGUGCCAUUCAGUUUGUAUCAUAUGAGCAGUAUAAGAAGGUCAGUACAUAGUCACUUAAUUUAACCCUUAAACUCCCAAGAUCUGAUCAUUAAUUCUCCCCUCCAGCCACUACACAUUUCCUUGUAAAUUAGUUACGAGAAAUUUGGUGUUGGGUCAAGAUAACAACUUUUAGCAGAUGAGCUUGAGUAUUCUUAUUACCUGUCUUCUGGAUAAUGUAUGGAUGUUAUAUGGAGAAGUUACAUGUUAAUCACUGUGUUGGCCUAUAGGAUACUUUGUGAUGAAUUUGAAAUGCCUACUAUCCAUUUCUCCCUACAGGUCUUAAACUCCUUGUAUUUUAAUGGUGCUUUAAGUAAACUGCUCUCUGGAUCUUUUGCAGGUAUGAAGUAUGAAUAAGCAACAACAUACGUAUUUAAAUAUUAUGCAAUUUGUUUAUUAAUUACUUAAUCUUAAGAAAGUUACACAUUCCUGUAGGUCCCUGGGUUUUCAGUACUGCUAACAAAUUGAGUAAUGUUAUACCAUAUCAUGAGUCAACUUCAAGUCACUAGUUAAGUUUGAGUCAACUUAAAUUUUUCCCUUUUUUAUCAAAUAAUAUGGCAAGGUAAUACACUAUUAUUGUAGCCACCACAAAAUAAUGGAGGGAAAAAAACCAACAAACCUAUUCAUUUAUCUAAGUUUUUUACCUAUUUUGCUUUGGUGGAAACAGCUUAUAAGUUUGUCUGUUUCAAUUUCACCACAGACAAGAAUCCCUGCAUUCUAAAUUGUUGCUAAGGGCUCUAAGACCUCUCUCAAUGUUACAGAAUUGUCACAAACUUUAGAAAACAUCUCAAAGUCUUUUAUUGUCCAUUUAAAGACAAUUCAAAACCCUGAGGAUAACCACAACUGAUGCUCUGACUACUAAAAAAAUUGACCUUGUUAACUUUCAACUUCAUGGUCAUGCACAUGACUCAGCGCACAUCAUACACUAUGUAUUCCACACAAUAUAUGUAACAUUGCUCAAUUCAAAAAUUUUGAAAAAGCAAAACCCGUUUAUCAUGGGAAAAUUAAGAAAAGUUGGACAGAAUCAGGGGAACAAUAUAUGUCCUCCAAAAUAAAGAGAGAAUGAGAUCUCUUUAGAUGCAACAUGGCGGUUGAGUACAAGAAAUUAGUUUUAUACUCUGAGUCAAGACAGUUUUUCAUUGAAUAAGGACUUCUGUCUCAGAUGUGCAUAAUCAAAAAGAAGUUGAAAUAUUUGGGGGAAACUCAUAGGUACCUUGGAAUGUUAACUUCUAUGAACCCAGCCCUGAAUCAGUAUAGAAUUAAACCUGAAAAACAUUCAAGCUUAAUUCUAGGUGUUCUUGUAUCCCUGGUUCAUCAUUUUGACACAGAAAUGAAAAAAACUAAAAGGCAAACAUUACUGAACUUGUUAUUUUCUAAUUUCUUUCAAUUACUUAUCAUGCUAUUUGAGGUUGAAUAAAAUUCAUAUUGAUGGUGAAGAUUGUUUUAUUAUUAGUUAUUAAUUUCAUUUUUACUCCUCUCACCAGGAAUUACGGCUUGUUCACUGACAUAUCCCUUGGACGUCGUACGUUCACGCCUGGCAUUUCAAGUGGCUGAUGAGCAAAUCUAUUGUGGAAUAUGUCAUGUAAUUCGCCAGAUUAUUACUACAGAGGGAGGAUUUGCAGGUCUUUAUAGAGGUUAUGCUGCUACAGCACUUUCAAUGAUUCCAGCUGUUGGUAAGUCAAGAUGGUGGUCCCAAAAAACUUCAAACCAAUGUGUUGUUCUGUUUUUGAAGUAUUACUACAGUCAGUUUAAACCUCCUGUAAGCGACCAUCCACAAGGUUAAUACUAGGUGGUCACUUAUGGAAGGUGGUGGCUUACCUAAGGUCAGGCUAUAGGUGGUUCAUAUUCUGGGUAAUUUGAACAUAGUGACAGGUCUAAUCAAACCUUUAGUAAGAACUUUUAAAUACUUUGUCAAGGAAAAAAUUUAGAAUCUAUGGUGAUUGUUUUGUAUUUUUUUGUUAAAUACUUCUGGUAGCAACCUCAUCUGUUGAAAACAUUUCUGCUUUCUGCUCUUGUACAAUAGAGCAGACUGUCUGUUAAGUGGUCACCUAUGGGAAGUUAAAAACAAUUGAAAUUGUAAAAAAUUUUGAGAGGUAGUAACUUAGAGGUUCCAUUUAUGGUGUGUUGACUGAGAAACUUUAAUUUGGUAUUUUGAAAGAGUGGUCACUAACAAGGGGUGGUUGUCAAGGGAGGUUUGACUGUAGUAGAAAUUUCCUUUAAAAAAUGCCUUACUCUUUCUGUGGAUGCCAUGGAAAUUUCUUUUAAACCUGAAACUUGUUGUAUAGCUUCUACUGCCAAUUUGUUGUGUUACAUUGAAUUAUUUGGGAAUUAAAGUUUCAAAAGUAAUGGACAUGAUGACAGUGUCCAGUUUUCCAACACAGACUGUUCUUACAAACUGAACUGUGAUUUGUAAUUUAUCUCAAUUGGUCAAUGAUUGAAAAGAAAUAAUAACAUCAAAAUAGGUGGAAUUAGACAGAAACAAAGUUUUUGGGCAUGUGGCCUUCUCUACCUUUAGCAUAAGUUUUUGGUAAUCCUCUGAAAACUGCUAAAUUUGUCACUGACAGAAAUUCUGUAAGUUAGAUCUAAAGUGCAUGUUAACGAGGAUUUUCCACAAACUUAUGAUUCAACUGUGAGCAACCCCUUGGCAAAUCAUUUGUGAUUGCUUUUCUGACAUGUAGUUGAAGGCUUUUUGGUGCAUUCUUUGUGCUGUUCCCUUUAUUCAAAAAAGGCUCUGACUAACUCAGCAGGUACAAAUUAUGCAUCAUUUUGAAUUUAAUUCAAAACUGUAAACUUUACUUGUUUAAAACAAGUUUUUUUCUUAACUAUUUACAGGAUUUGGGUUCUUCACCUAUGAGAGUAUCAAAGACUUCAUACUUUCAAUGAGUGGCCCUUUGACAAAGAAAAACAGAGAGGGUCAAGAAGUUCUAACACCAAUUGGGGGGCUGUUGUGUGGUGCAGUGGCUGGUGCCUCUUCACAGACAGUGGCGUAAGUUUGAACCAAAUUUUUCUUUUACAAUCAUAUUUAUUUGUUACUAAGUAUUGUUAUGGCACACACAGAAACCAAUUUAAGUAAUGUUUAAAAAACGAGCAGGAGUGUUUUAUCAGGUUUAAAACCACUCGGCUACGCCUCGUGGUUUUUGACCCGAUAAAACAUGUGCUGCGAGUUUUUUGAACGGCUUCAAAAACAUUCUUGGAAAAGCGUGUGUCAAGAGAGUUCAUAACAAUUAUGCUUUUGUGAACGUUAGAAAUUAGCAUAUGAAAAGGUCAAACGCAGAGGUUAGCGGAAAUGAGUUGGAGUCACUUCUGCCAACUGAUCUUGAAUUCGAAGUUUCAGAUGAUGUAUUGUCUAAUAUGCCUUUACCAGAUUACUGUACUAAUGGCAUAGAGAAUUUUUCCAGAUGUGUAUUUCACAACUGUACUAUUAAUUUGGUGCAAAAGUAAAUUUACUGUGUGAAAUUUGUUGAAAGAACAUUACAAAUAUUCCCACCAUUUGUUGUGUCAGUUUCUGUGUUGAUAAUUAAUUAAUAUUCAUAAGUCACGUGCAGUGUCUUUAUAUCUGAUAAAACACCGCAUACUAAUAAGGAUGAGGUUUAUCGAUAUAAAGUCACUGCAUGUGAUGUAUUAUCUACCAUUUGAUAAGUUAAUGGGCUUAUGAAUUAUUAAUGAGUUUUUCAAAUUAACAGUAAAACAUUACAUUAAAGUAAUUAUUUAUAAUUAUUCUAUGAUUAUAUGAACUUAGUAGAAAUUGUCAUCAGUUUUCAUGGUUGUCUUCUCUCUCUUACUUUCGCCAUGAAUUAAUCCCCAUAUGUUGUUUGCAGAUAUCCUCUAGAUGUUGUUAGACGGCGAAUGCAGCUUGCAGGGGCAGUGUCUGAUGGCUACAAAUACAGGUAAUGGACAACUAUAUUGUGAGGAAGUAUGCAUUAGGCAGUUUUACAUCAUUGAAAAUAAUGGCUUUGAAAUGAUAUCUUUGGGGUUAAUUUAUCAAAAAAAAUACUUUAAUCAUUUUAAAGGAGACUAUUCUAUAACUUGUAAGUUUAAUAUUAGAUAAUAAUAUUUGAAGUUAAAACAUUUCAUGUUCUGAAGUUGUUGAAAGAAUCUGAUUUUUUUUGUGUGUGUAGUGGUUGCAUUAACACCUUUGUAACAGUCUACUUGGAAGAUGGUGUGAGAAAAGGCUUGUAUCGUGGCUUGUCAAUCAACUACUUGCGGGUCAUACCACAGGUGGCAGUCAUGUUCAGUGUGUAUGAGCUUACAAAGCAGUUUCUCAGCAGUGACAUGACAACUGAAAGGAGUGAGUGAUCAAACACCAAACAAGAAGACUUCUGUCUCAUCUGUUGAAAAUGUGUACUAAAUACAGGAUAGUAGUCACUAAUAAACAUGCAGAGAAAACACAAGAGUUGCAUAAUCCUCCUGCAUCAACACAGCUGUCAAGAGACAAUAAUGUAUCUGUUGGUUAAAAAGAUUUUGGUUAAGUAACUGUCAUGCAUAUACUGUAUACUGUAUUGAGCAUUUACAGGACUGCAUUGAACCUCAGAAAGUUAAUUGUUACUGCAACUUACUAUCAAUUCACUGUGAAGAGAGUACAUAGAAUUGAAAGUAAUAAUAAGGGAUGCAAAAUGACCAAUUUUACUCUAUGUGCUAUUGACCAUAUUGU